AUGACGACUCCCGCACAGCAACCGGAUGUCAUCCAGGUCCGCACCUGGUGUGCCGCCUGUCAUGCGCACGCGCGAUGCCAGCUCCAUAACAACUCGCCUCCACACAUCAUUCCGCCCAUGUGGAGCAAUACCGUCUGCGAAACAAUCGGUCGAAUGGUCUAUCUUCCAGCUGAGCUGCAAAUUGAGAUUUGCGGACGCAUGGCGCCUGCUACCUUCAUAAAUCUGGCGUGUACGAGUCCGGAUAUCGAUCAACUGUGGCGGGCUAACUCCGCGACCAUCUCAAAGAUAAUGUUCGCUCAUGAGCUGGGAUUGGAAUCCAAGGUCUUCAAAGAGUCCCGCCGCACCUGGAGUACCUGUCCGGGAGGCUUACUCUGGGCAGGCCACGCCACCUCACCAGAACACUAUUUGAGGUUGCUUUCCCUUAUCAAGGAGGUGACAUCGCAGGCCACCGAUUUCUUAGUGAAACACUUCCACCUCGGCCAGAGAGUGACAGCGCACAUUUACUACAACAUCACGCUGCUCUGGCUGUUCCUCGCUACGACCCCUGCUUGCGCAGAUCGCAUCCAAGAGCCAUGGAAUUACUACCAAUUCUUGUCGGCGACCAAUCGCUACAAGAUUGACAACUUUUUGAUCCAUAUGGCGGCGGCAAUACUCAAGUGUUUCCCGAUUCCGUGGCCGGCCAACUUGCAUCAACGCAAAAUCGACGAGCUUAUCACGCAACAGAUAGACACUCUGUUAGCAAAGCGCCUAGCUCUUCUGUACAUCCAACGCGGUCUCCGCCGACUCCGCGAGCAGGUGUUUGCAGCACAGAUCCCAGACCUUCAGGACGCCUUUGGGCCAGACAACUUCUGGAACCUUGUCAAAUAUUGGCCCCGGUUACGGCUCAUACAAUUUGACACAAGAACCUACACCGUCACACUAACCGGCACACGGCUCCACGGCCGUCUGCUGGCUGCAAUCGACGCCGGUCCGAACUGGCAGCCGGAUAUCUUGUUCGGAAUGAACCUUGUGAAACGCAGUCCAACCACUAGGCUCAAUUGGCAUGUUAUUACGCGAACAACACGUGGUCGUUUCAGCUUCCAGGGCUAUAGGCGAUAUACCUCCCCUGACUACGCUGCAAUGCCGGGAGGCCUGGGAAUUGCUCACAUGUUCGCUGUGGCGGAGUGGGAGUAUGAGCAAGCCGAAAAAAGGCGUAACAAGCAGAAGCAGGAGCAAGCGCGGUUGUCAAUCAAGAGGAAGCGUGGUGAUUACGAAGAUGACCCAGAAGAGGAACGAAUCCUCAAAUUCAGCCGUCGAGCCAAACCUCGGUAUAACGACAUCGACUGGAUCAUCCUCCGUAUGGGACGUUUAUCACUCGACGCUACCGGCAAGGAGGCGGGAUAA